AUGCUUGCGUCAACUGCGAUUGUCACCACCCUGUUGUGUUUCUGCUCGCUCCAUCCUACUUUUGGGCAGGACUGUCCAAGCAGACAGGAAAUUCAAGGCUCUUUGAAGCAAGUCCAGAAGCUCCUCUCGGCCCAUGAAGCCUCGUACUUGCAGAGUCUUCGCAACCUGAAGAAGAAGCUAAACCUGCUUCAGAGCAACGCAGGAAAACAGACCACAAGAGCCACCAACAGUACCUGCUCAAAACUGGAUGCACCCGCCAAUGGGAGAAAACUCGGCAAGUCACACAGCGUGGGCCACGAGGUUCACUUUCUGUGCGACCCCGGUUAUGAACUUGUAGGAUCAGAGAGCAGGUUUUGUCAGGAAAGCCUGGCCUGGAGUGGCCAGCAGACUUCCUGCAGAGACAUCAAUGAGUGUGCGUCCUCUCCUUGCUUGAAUGGCGGGACAUGUGUGGAUGAAGUGAACCAGUUCUCUUGUGUCUGCGCCAAAGGCUGGUCUGGAGCCACCUGUCAGAGCCCCGUGCCAACAUUCUUUGUCACCAUCACCAACACCUCUGCCGCCACCUCCCCAGCCACCGCUGCUGCUUCCACCUUGCCUGCUGCCACCACCGGGCCCUUUGUUCGUCCAUCACGUUGCACUGUAACGCAGGGGACCACCCACUGCACCUGUGAGCCGGGGUACACCAUCUCUGGCAGGGACAGCAACACUUGCACUGAUAUAGAUGAAUGUGAGCUGUUCCAUAAUGGCCAGGCUGGGAGAUUGUGUUUACAUGCUUGUGUUAACACCCCUGGUGGCUAUCGUUGUUCCUGUCCCGUCGGAUACAAUGUGACCCGUGAUGGGCGCAGCUGUAAAGACAUCGAUGAGUGUGCCACCAGACAAAACAACUGCACAAAGGACCAGAUGUGCAUUAACACAUACGGUGGUUUCCAGUGUGUCCGUGUGGACUGCCCUAAAAUCCCUAAUGCUACAUACGUCAAGACGUCGCCAAUGCGUUGUGAACGUAACCCCUGUCCCUUGGACAACAAGGCAUGUUCUCAGACCCCAAACUCCUUCUCCUAUCAUUACCUGGCUGUCGUGUCCAACCUGUCGGCUCCUCGCGUCAUGUUCAGGGUCUCAGCACUGCGUCCAAUAGGAGACACACUUCGCUUCUCUCUUCUGGGUGGAAAACAAGCUCGACGCCACUUCACAGUCCAGCGUUCAGACCGCGUGACCGGGCAGCUGAUGCUGGUGAGCCCCGUGCAGGGCCCUGCAACGCUGGAGGCAGAGGUGGAGAUGAGUGAGCUAGAGAGACGAGUCCAGCUGGGGAGGUACAUCACCAAAGUGACCAUGUUUGUUUCCCAGUAUGAGUUCUAG